GAUAUGGACUUUUGCGAGCUGCUUUCGUCCGGUGAAUUCAGUGACUUGACUGUGAAAAUCGGUGAUAAACAGCUUCAUCUUCACCUAUUUCCACUCGUUGCUCGAUCGCUCUACUUUCGAGGUCUCCAACGAUCAGGAAUGAGGGACGCCUCGGUGGUGACUCUCGAUUUGUUACCAGGUGGGUACGAUGCGAUGAAAAUAAUUGCUGACUUCUGCUAUGGAGUCUCCAUUGAGGACAAACUGACAGUUGAUAAUAUUGGUCACGUGACGGUCGCUGCUGGCUACCUGCAAAUGACUGGAUCUGGUAACCUUAUGGAACUAUGUAAAUCUAAGCUUAGGGAAUUGACAACCGAUGCUACUAAGUGUUUGCAAGUAUUGGUGAAUUGUGCUGACAAUAGGAAAUUAGCUGCAGCAGCAGGAAUCACUAAGUAUUGUGCAGACGCUGCUGUUGAUGAUUGGUAUAAGAAAAGAAGAGCGUUGAGUAUUUGA